UCGACCAUCACGCCGGUCGCGAUAAAUCUCCACCUUGAAGAGUAGUCUACUGCCGCAAGUGACACCUCAUCAAAACUUCUUGCUAAAAUUAACAUAUUUUCCAAAUUUUGAAUUAAAACACAGCCUAAGCAAUGAUCAGACAGACUCUCUUCAUCCUGGUUGUGUGUGUGUGUUACAGUAGUAGUCAGCCAGGUGCCCACCCACCUGGAAUACCCCCAUCUCACCAUGGUCAGCCUGGAGGUCAUGGUCAGCCUGAAGGUCAUGGUCAGCCAGGAGGUCAUGGACAUGGGACAGACAUCAGAGAAGGUUUUGGGGUGAAUCCACAUGAUGCCGAACAUAUAAAGGAACAUUUAAAGGACGUUGUUGACAAGCCCAAAGAGCAGAUGACAGAAGAGGAACUAGAAUUCCAUUAUUUUAAACUUCAUGAUUAUGAUGGAAAUAAUAAACUAGAUGGAACAGAAAUAACUAAAGCUAUUACACAUUUCCAUGAAGAGGAGACAAGUGACCAAGAGAAAAAAGCAUUUGAACAAAAAGUAUUUAGUGAUGAAGAGAUAGCUAAUAUAGUUGAUAUGGUGCUUAAAGAGGAUGAUUUAAAUGGAGAUGGCUAUAUAGAAUAUGUAGAGUUUGUGACGGCACAGAGAAAAGCAAGAGGGGGUGGUAAUAAAUAAACAGCUGAUGCCUCAACGAUCUGCCUUGUCAUCAUCAUCAUCAUCAUCAUCUUACACAGGGAAAAAUCAUCCUCAUCCUCAUCAGUGAAGUUUUCCUACGGAAGUAACAGCCAUUUACUUUAGUGGACCCGGAAUGACAAUCUGCAGUUUCUUUGUGAUUACUUAUGCUUGCAUCCUAUUUCAGCAUCCCUCAUUUUUAAGAAAAAGAUAAUAUGUAGGAUAUUGCAGAUUGUUUUUUCAGGUCCAUUACCUUGUCGUUGGAUUAAUAUGACUUUGUAAUAAUUUUUAGGCCCGAUCAUUUGCAAUAUGAACCAUUUCAUUUACAUGUUUUAAACUUACAAUUAGCCUAUGUUAAUUUUAUGUUAGUAGUAGGACAUAAUUUGUAAUUUUACAAUUUGAUAUAUUUAUGGUGAUGGCAUUUAAAUCAAAAGUUAAGUGGAAGGUCUAAAGGAUUGGAAAAGUAGGAAUUAGCAUUGGAGAUGUGCAACAGUUUAAGAGGCACACAUGUUUAUAUCUUAGAAUACCUGGAUUUGUGUUGUUUUUGGUUUUGCUGUUGUUUAUUUUAUUGAAUUGUCCAUUCUGGCAUGUCUAAGUUUCUUAGGAGAACUGAAGUUCUGCAGCAGAUCACCUAGUUUACCUUUGAGUGAAGUAAUUUAUUCGUUUACCAAAUUUUUGGAGUGCAAUAUAGUAUUACUUUGGUUUUAUAUUUGAGAUGACAAAAUAAUGCAUCUAAUGAAAAUAUACUAAUAAUGAAGGAAAGCUUUCUUAGUAAUGUCAGUUUGUUUGAUGAGAGAACAUAAGGUAAAGAGAUGUAGGUACAGUUAAACAUGUGUUAAGCAGCCAAUCGAAAGUCCAAAGAAUCAUGAAGUACUUUGGUUCGUAACCAGAACAUCCCGGCCUAAUCAAAUUGUGAAAAAGUGGGAAAUGGAGCUGAUCAUUAGACUUUCAUAUGAAACCAAACAACAGCUUAAUAAAUUUGGCACAUAAACAACCUUUAGAUAAUUGCUAGUGGAACCCAUCAUUUUGCUGGUGGAAAACAAUGGCACUAGCAAAAAGGCGCUAUAGGGAAAAAACCCUGACAUUACUGGAUUGACACUAGGGUUAUAUUGUUUGUAUUUCUGGGGCAUUUGUUUCAUUUUUAAAUGUAAUUAUGAUAUUGUGUUCUAUUUAACCAUUUUUUUGCCUCCAUAAAUUUUCUCGGAUGCUAUACUGGUAAUUGAACAUUAAUCAAGAAAUUGCCCUUAUCAACUUUGUUUAUCAUUAAGGAGUUUAUUCUUCAGUUUUUUUGUGAGUGAGAUACUUCGGUAUGUUAGGCCAUUUCUUAGCUGCAGCUUUAACUCUCCCAUACGGUAUGUUAUGCCAUUUCUUAGCUGCAGCUUUAACUCUCCCGUAUGGUAUUUUAUACCAUUUCUUAGCUGCAGCUUUAACUCUCCCAUACUGUAUGUUACGCCAUUUCUUAGCUGCAGCUUUAACUCUCCCAUAUGGUAUGUUAUGCCAUUUCUUAGCUGCAGCUUUAACUCUCCCAUACGGUAUGUUAUGCCAUUUCUUAGCUGCAGCUUUAACUCUCCCAUACUGUGAAUGUAUGAAUAAUAUGCAUAACCAGUCAGAUAAGGUAAACAGAACCAGUUGGCAUUUACCUGGUUUAGUAUAGUGUCUCAUCAUAACAAAAUGCUUUGUUGAAAAAAAGCAACAUCUUAGAAUUUUAGAGCUUUCUGCUGAUGAAAUACAUUUAUGAAAAUUUGAGAUAUUAUUAUAUACAUGUUUAUUGUUUUGUCAUUUUCAUAAUAUUUUUAUUUUUAUUAACUGAAAGGAAAUCCAGUUUAUAGUCUGCCUUUCUUUAAAAUGUUAUAUAUAUAUACACAUUUCAUAAUACAAAAUCUAGUAUUAACAUUACCAUUGAAAUAAUAGGAUCACAUAAAUAUGUCCAGUUACUUUAAAGAAAUGGUGAAAUGUUCCAUGUACCUUAGAAUUUGAAAAAUGUUUGGAAAAGGCUUGCUAUUUAUAAUGCUUUGAGUAAUGAGGAUGUGUACUUCUUUUGAAGGAAAAAAAGGAAGAAAAACAUUCUAAAAUGAAGGCAAUUUAUGUUCCUGGAGUUUUGCUUUUGGUAAAAACAGUUUGAAAAAUGUGAAAUAGCUGCUUUGAAUGAAAAUAUGUGAGAAGCAUGGACAUAUUUAUGUGGACUUGAGCUUACAUUUUAAAGUACAAUUGAAUUAUUAAAAAGUGUGUAAGCUUUAGAUGGGAUGUGCCAAAUAGGUUUUUGUUCAUAUACAAGUCGGAGGAAAUAAAUUGUAUGGUAUUGGUAUUGGUAUAUUUUUUUUAAAAUAAGUGUUUUUUUUAACCUCUUUUGAUAUUUGUAUGAUUAAGGAUUUAUAUGCUGUUGAAAUAGCUUUAAUACAUGGGUAAAUGCCAUUACUUUGUGCAUUUGUGUAAUGUGUUCAAAGACCAAAUGAUUGUUAGAAUUGAAUGAAACAUUUUAUAUUUAGGUUAGGAAAGAAUGUUAGGGAAAAGUACAUGUAUAGUAAAUGUAUAUAUAAAUAUAGAUAUAUGGCAGUUGCAUUCUUUCUGAAACUAUUGUGACAAAGUGGAUUUGUGAUAAUUUAAGUAGAUUAUAUAAAACUCGAAAAACUUUUAUGAGUUAGGUCUAAGAAAUUCUUACCUAGGUAACUCUGUACAAAAGAAGAGUAUUAGGAGUGGUUAAAGGGCUUUCCAGGUCCAGUAUGUAUUUCUUUACAUCUAAAUUGUUAUAUUAUGCUAGUCAAACAAAGUGUUAACAAUAUUAAACCUUGUAUAAUAUGUAAGUUAAGAUGACUUUAAAGCACCAUGCCUCCAAAUUGAUGAAAAUGAGAAAUUACAUAUAUGUUAGCCAAUGUAACAUAUAAGGGAGUAUAAGAUAGUUUAAAGUAUUAUACACAGUACUUAUUUCCUUAAAGAAUCACUCAAAUGUAGAACAAUACUUUACCCAGUUAGCCAUGAUGUAGAAGAGUAAGAUUGUCUUUUAAAUUAAUCUUUAGCCUGCUGGCGGCAAGUGAUUUUGCCUUUGCAACUAGUGCAGGCUGAUCAGGAUCUGCCCUGUUUGCUAUUCAGUCAGUAAAUUUUCAGUGGACACCCCUUUGAAUAUUAAGUGGUACUGCCCAAAUUUAAUGAUGGACCUGUCCAUUUUAGAAAUAUAGCAGUGUUUGUUAUGAUGUCAGUCACAGCUGUUUCUUGCUCUAUCAAAAUUGCUAGUGAGGAUUUUCACAUAUGUCAGUUACAUGUUUAUGGCAUUGCCUAAAAGUUAGUACUAUGUUUGAUUAUUAGUCUAAGAUUACUUGAUUGUGUUUAGACUAAUACAAAUGACUCAACACAUACAUUUUGCAAUGUUAGCUGCUCCACCAAAAAUGUCAUCUUGCAUGAACUAUAACUUUGAAAAAUUGUUUAGACCUUCAUGUUUACAAAACUUUGAUGUGUUUAUGUGUAUAUUCAGGCAUGAUGCUUUAAAGGUAUUGUUUGUUACGUCUUUACCAUCCUAUACAUAUGCUUCAUCAUUUCAUAGAAACUCUAGAUAUAUUUAUAUUCAGAUAUUUAUACUGUUUAGAACAUGUUAUUUUCUGCACAAGAUGUUAUGCGGUAUUUUAUGCUUGUAUCAUUGAAAAAUGAGGCCAGACAGAAAAUAUUUUUUAUGCCAUUUAGUUGCCUUCUUAUGCAGACUGGUUAACAUAGUAAAUCACAAUCCUUGAUUUACACAAGUUUUGUUUUUGACUUUUGUUUAGUCGUAUAUUUUAAAAGGUUGCUUAACGGCAAAAGGAUAUUUAACUAUUUGGCCAAAAGGUACCGUAUUCAUACACAUUUGUGUCUUCCAACAUCGUUCAGCAUAGCAGAAUACACAUGCAUAUUAAUUUCUUGUUAGGCAUAUUGUUUAUGAUAGUCUAGUCUAUAGUUAGGCAAAAUAGUUUCCAGUUAGGCAAUAUAGUUUUUAGUUAGGGUUUGUGGACCAAAGUGCACAGGUACUGGAAAACUUCAAACUGGACUAGGUAUAAUGAAAGGUAAUUAAGAAUAAAACUUGUACAGUGUUCAAAUUAAAGGUUAUACUGUUGAAAAUACUUUGGUCAGGCUUUGGACUGUCAAAAAAAUACUGUAUCAAAUACAGUUGUUGGAGAACUUCAAGUGUAAAUAUUGAAUACUUUCUGUGGUAAUGUACUCUUUGUCUACAGCAUUUAUUCCCUAAACUCUUACUGAUACUAACAGAACUUGCCUUUAUUGUUGAAAAAUAAAUCCGCUUUUGAACAAUAUGAAAAACAGCAAAAAAAAAAAAUUCCGCUGGUAAAUCACCUUUUUACAUGACAGAAUUAUCUUGGUGAUAAACCAACAUGAUAGAAUUUUAAAUGUAGCCUACCAGUCUUGUGUGAAAUGUACAAUCAUACAAGGUGUUUUAUAGUUAAUUUUAUUAAUGAGAUAUAAUCUCAUUAUAGUGGACGGGUAUUGACAAUUGUCAAAUGUCAUAUUCGCCGUAUGCAAUUUCAGCAUUCUCCCUUUUUUUCAAAGAAACCCGUGUUCACGUUCAACUUAUGUCCGAAGAAUGUUAAUUGGUAAUGAAAGUAUGAAAUCAUACGGAAAUUGUCAAGCUUCAUUACAAGUGCACACUACCUUAAAAACUUUUUUAGAAUUUAACCAGAUGGUCCUUUCUUACUUCGGGACUUGAAUUAAAAUCUACUGCGCACGCACCUCGAAAUCAAAAGUGAUGUAUAUUGUUUUAUACAUUCCAGGAUAUUUGAUCUUUGAUCCUAGACUAGUAUGUAUUUUGUGUAUGUUUUUGAAUGUGUUUAGUUGUAUUUUAAUGAUUAUGGUAUAUAUGGGGUAUAUUUCGUUGUGAAUAGUGAUUCGAUGCUAUAAAUUAUUGUAAUAAAAUAUUUUAUUAAGACUUCA